AUGACGUGUGACGUAUUUCUACUGCACCCUAUCUAUCUAUCUAUCUAUCUAUCUAUCUAUCUAUCUAUCUAUACACACAUGUUUUAUAGUAUUACAAUGAAUUCAUUCUCUUCAUUUUCUUUUCUUUUUUAUCCGUUUUCUUUUCGUUCAAACGUGUUAUUCAUUCUUUCUUUUUCUUCAUUUUUUUGUUCGUCCGGUUUAUCGUUUUUCCUUCAUUUUGCUUCUUUUCUUCAACCACUUGAUUCUCGUUACUUUCUUUCGCUGAUUCUUCAUUUCUUUCUUUCUUUCCUUCUUUCUUCCUUUCUUUCACUUUCUAGAUUUAGAGUUCUUAUCUAUUCUUUCUUUCUUUCUUUCUUUCUUUCAUUCUUUCUUUCUUUUUUAUGUCUUAUCUUAAUCUUUUUUUAUCUAUUUUUCAUUCUUUAUUUAUUUAUAUAUAUUUCUGUCAUUCUUUCAUUUUUCCCCAUGACCUUUCCUUAUUUCGCUUUUUAUAGUACAGUUCUUAUCUUCUUUCUUUCUUUCUUUCUUUCUUUCUUUCUUUCUUUUUUUCUCUUUCUAGCUUGUAGGUUUUAUUGUUUUUCUUUCAUUUCGCUUUUCUUCAACUACAUUAUUUUUUCUUUCUUUCUUUCUUUCUUUCUUUCUUUCUAUAUUUAUUUCUACUUUAUAAUCUCUUAUCUUAAUCUUAUGCUUUAUCAAUUUUUCCUUCUUUCUUUCUUUAUUUAUAUAUAUAUAUUUCUUUCAUUCUUUCUUUUUUCACUGACCUUUCCUUAUUUAAAUUUUUAUAGUAGAGUUCUUAUCUAUUCUUCUUUCUUUCUUUCUUUCAUUCUUUCUUUCUUUUUUAUGUCUUAUCUUAAUCUUGUUUUAUCUUAA